AUGGCGCGCCACGGCCGACGACCGAUUAUUCAGCGUUUCGACGAGUACUACCGAUGCUACCCCGUCAUCAUGGCACCCGGCAACGAACGGCCGGAGCUCAACUAUGGUUCCAAGAUUCUUCUACCCCCGUCUGCGCUCGACAAGGUGUCAAAGCUUCACGUGCAAUGGCCUCUGCUGAUGGAGCUCAUCAACGGCGCCAAGGGACGCCAUUCGCACGCCGGCGUUCUCGAAUUUAUUGCCGAGGAAGGCAGAGCUUACAUACCACAAUGGAUGAUGGAGACGCUGGGCAUGGAAGUCGGCGACAUGAUUCAGAUCCGGACGACGCUGCUUGAGCUCGCAAAAAUGGUCAAGCUGCAGCCACAAUCCACCAACUUUCUUGAGAUUAGCGACCCCAAGGCUGUACUGGAACGGGCCUUCCGUAACUUUGCCACGCUGACCAAGGGAGACGUGUUUAACUUUGAAUACAACGACGAGGUGUACGAUGUGGCGGUUCUAGACGUUAAGCCGGAGACCGACAAGAUGGGUGUCAGCAUGAUUGAGACCGAUGUCUCUGUCGAGUUUGCACCUCCCGUCGGAUACGUCGAGCCAGAGCGAAACAGCGGUACCAGCACGCCGAGCACGCGGCCCGGCGUUCCGGCAGGCGGCGUUCUUCACAGCCAAGGCACCAUGGCCCAGGCAAUCAACUACAGCGCCAUCGCCCCGUCCGUCACCAGCAAGCCGACCAACUUUCUCGGCGAGGGUCAGCGGAUUGUCAAAAAGGGUAGCAAGAAUCCCACCCCCAAGCCAGCCACGCCCGUCCCCGUCGACACGGUUGCCGUUCCCCGGCGACAAACUGGCGCGCCUGCCCCCCUCCGACUGGCACCGAACAAGCUCUUCUUCGGCUACGAGAUCACACCCGUCAAGUCCGACGCGGACAAGGAGAAGGAGAAGGAGAACACCGACAAGCCUCACUUUGCCGGGCAAGGCCAGAACCUGCGUGGCACCAUCAAGCGUAAGGGCGAAGACGACGGCAAGGACAAGGCGCCCGAGAAGAAGGGACCAACUGAGGGCCACCGGCUUGACGGGAGACGUCCACGAUAG